GUAUGGAUGUGGAUGGAGAAGCCAGAAACUGCUCGGCUUGGGGCAGAAAAACCUGGUAAUGGGAGAUAUUCCAGCUGCUGUUAAUGCAUUCCAGGAAGCUGCUAGCUUGCUGGGUAAGAAAUAUGGUGAAACGGCAGAUGAGUGUGCUGAAGCUUUCUUUUUCUAUGGGAAAUCUCUUCUAGAAUUGGCAAGAAUGGAAAAUGGGGUGUUGGGAAAUGCUCUGGAAGGAGUUCAGGUAGAAGAAGAGGAAGAAAAAACAGAAGAUGCAAUGGUAGAAAGCACUGAUAACAUAGAUGAAGAAGAAAGGGAGGAAUUAAGAGAGCAGGUAUAUAAUGCCAUGGGGGAAAAGGAUGAAUCCAGAAGAACUGUUGAAGAGUCUAUGGUAAAGACUGAAGUGGAGAUGCAAGUGGGAAACAAGGAUGUAGAAAUGGAAGAAACAAUAAAUGAGCCAGUUGUGGAUGCAGAACGGAACAUUGUUGAGGAGAAAAAGGAAGAACAGGAGAAAGCAGAAAAGAAGGUUGAGGCAGUUGUGCAAGAAAAGGAGAGAGGCAGUGGAGUAUCUCCUGAGGAGCCAAUAAAAGAUGAUAAAGCCACAGAUGAGAAGCCAGCGGUGGAAGAAAGGGCAAGUGACAAAGAAGAGCCAGAGAUGGUCAAAGAGGCUGUGGAAGAUACCACUGUAAAGGGAACAAUGACUGUAGAAAUGACAAUUGGGGGGGGAAAGUCAGUAGUAAAAGACACAGAUGCAACUGGAGAAGAUGCUAUAGAAAAACAAGUGGCUCCAGAAGAGGAAGAGAAAGCAGUUCUAGAGAAGAGAGAAAAAGAGGCAGAAGAGUUGGUAACCGUGGCUGCUGAAAAGCAGGCAGGUGGACUAGAAAAUAAUUCAGAAGUAGAGGAGUUAAUGAAAGUUUCAGGUGAGGCAGUAGAAGGAAAAGAAGUGAUAGUUGUUGAAAAAGCAGAAUGUGAGGUAGAGAAAGAAGAACAUCCAACUAGAGCUGUUGAUGAGAAUACAGAGAAAAUGGAGACUACAGAACAGGUGGUGGAUGUAAAAGAGGAAGAAGACCUGAAAGAACCCUUGGCUUCAAAAGAUAUAUUGUCUUCAGCUCCAAGUGAAGAAAUUACUCCUGCAGGGACCACUGAUGAAUGUCAUGAAAUACAAGUUGAAGAGAAAGUUGAAGUUGCUGCUAAGGUAGAAAAGAAAGAAGAAAAGGAUGACGAGAUGAGAGAGGGUGAAGAGACAGAAGGAUCGGAAGAGGAAGACAGAGCCGAAGAAGAUAAAGAAAACGACUCUACAGUUGAAGACAAGGAGAGUGAAGAAGAUGAAGUUGGAAACUUAGAACUGGCCUGGGAUAUGUUGGAGUUGGCAAAAGUAAUAUACAAAAGGCAGGACACUAAAGAAGCUCAACUCCAUGCUGCUCAGGCUCACCUCAAACUAGGAGAAGUUAGCAUCGAAUCUGAAAACUACAUGCAAGCUAUAGAAGAGUUUCACUCUUGCCUGAAUCUCCAGCAGAAAUACUUAGAGGCCCAUGACCGCUUGCUUGCAGAGACUCACUACCAUCUGGGGCUGGCCUAUCACUACAACAAUCAGUAUGAUGAAGCAGUGCAGCAGUUCAGUAAAUCAAUGGAUGUCAUUGAUAAAAGAAUGGAAAUGUUGACGGAGCGUCUAAAAGCAAAGGGGGAAGGAUCCAUUGAAGAUGAGAAAGAAAUUGAUGAACUCAAGGAACUACUUCCAGAAAUUAGAGAGAAGAUAGAGGAUUCGAAGGAAUCUCAGAAGAGUGCGAGAGUGGCUGAACUAGCACUGAAAGCAACUCUGGUUGGUGGAUCAUCAUCUAGCUUUUCACAGGGGACUGAAAGUGGUUUGGCUUCAACAAUUCCAGUGGGACAAACAGCUGAUGGAGCAUCUCAGUGUAUUACUGACAUUUCUCACCUUGUUAGGAAAAAGAGGAAACCAGAGGAAGAACCUCAACAGGGAGACAUUGAAGCUAAGAAAUCUAAACCAGAGCCGGCUGUCAAUGGUGGUGGUGAUGCUGCCCCCAGUGGAAAUGAGAUUGCAGAGAAAAUGGAAGAGGAGAAAGAGGGAAGACCACAAGUUGAAACAGUUCAAAGUGCUGUAUGAUAAUUCUUUAAUAUCUGACACUCCUUCCUCCCAAGGACAGUGGGUUUUGUAUAUAAUGUAUUUUUUUCACUUUUGGCAAUUUUUUGUAUUCAAUAAAGAUUGUACCAAACAUUUAA